CGCAGCUACGCAACUAUACUGACGCUUCGAACACACCGACUGCGUCAUUGCAUCACUGCUACGUAACAUUUUGCGCAGCUAGGCAACUAUACUGAUGCAGGCACCUUUUGCAGAUGGUCGCAUGCGGUUGUACACAUGGAGGAGAGAAUCAUUUUCGCAGUAUCCUCAAAACCGUGUCUUUUUGACACAACUGCUGACAGCUACAGGGACAUAAACACAAAAAAUGCUGCUUGGAGACAAGUGUCCACGAUAGUAGGAUUGCCAGGUCAGUUUAGUAGUGAGCACGUGCUAGAUGUGGCUAGUUAGCUAGCUAGCUAACCUAGCUUGCUAACCUAGCCAAUGAGGUGUGUGUGUGAAAUAAAUAGUCAAAUAAAUUAUGCUAGUUACUACCCCUGAUAACUUUACCAAAUAAUCAUGUUUGAAAGAGUGAGUGUGUAUGUCAUAAAUAGUCCUAGAAAUGGUAGAUACUACUGUACCCCUGAUAAUUUGGUCAGAUAACCGUGUGUGUGUCUAUGUGUACAGUAUGUGACAUAUCCAUGAUAGCUAUCUAAUAACUAUAGGUAUGCUAGGUAAUGGUUUGGCUUAUCAUGUCUAUGUAGAAGAAGACUGUAGGAGGAAGUGGAGAGGACUCAGGGACAGGUAUCAGAGAGACAGAAGGGCAGAGAAAGAGAAGAAGAGGUCUGGGUCAGCAGCUUCAGGCCAGCAGCCUUGGCGCUUCUGCUACGUUCUUUCUUUUCUGGAUCCAUUUAUUGUGCCUAGGGCAACGAGUGGCAAUUUUACAGCCAGACCCUCUACUACAUCAUCCACAAGUGUUGUCCCCACCGGUGCAUCAAGACCCUCAAUGUCACCUACAACUGCGACCAUCGCCUCCACCGCUGCAGCGAGACCCUCUACAAUGUCUACAUCAUCCACAAGUAUGACCACCACCGGUGCUGCGAGAUCCUCUACAAUGUCUACAUCAUCCACAAGUAUCACCACCAUCGGUGCUGCGAGAUCCUCUACAAUGUCUACAUCAUCCACAAGUAUGACCACCAUCGGUGCUGCGAGACCCUCUACAAUGUCUACAUCAUCCACAAGUAUCACCACCAUCGGUGCUGCGAGAUCCUCUACAAUGUCUACAUCAUCCACAAGUAUGACCACCAUCGGUGCUGCGAGAUCCUCUACAAUGUCUACAUCAUCCACGAGUAUCACCACCAUCGGUACAGCCAUGGAAGACGAUGAAAUGGAGGAAGCACCUCUGGAUCUAGGACCACCUGAGAUUAUUAUGAACCUCACGGAAGUGACCACUGAGGACCUCGUUGAACAGGAUGUGGCCGUGGAGACAAACAGAGAGCGAAACGAAGAGGAACAACGUCACACCAGGCGUCAUCGACGGUUCCAGAUCCACUCAACUCAUUUCAGCAGAGGCUCCUCCAAGCCGUCGAGAGGGAUGCAGCCCAACCUGAUGCUCACAGGAAGGAGGAUGAAGAGACCCUCUUUGCCAUGAGCCUGGUGCCACAACCCUGAAGAGGCUGCCUCAGCAAAGAAAAGCAGCAGUCAAAGUUAAAAUGGAUCAGCUGCUUUUCCAAGCCGAGUUCAAUGAGAUGGAGUCCAUUUAGCCGAGCAGCUCACAGGAAGGACAGGAAGAGGAGAGGAGUUGUCUGGUUGUUGUUCCCUUCCAGAGAUGGAGUCCAUUUAGCC